ACAGAGGUCUUCUUUUCUAUGUCAUAUUUCUUCUAUAUCUCAACCUUCUUCUUCCUCCUGUUAGAAGGAAAACUCCAAGCCAUUCCACAUUUCUCCGAUACGGUUGAACGCAGCGUUUGCGGCAACGAUUCGACGGCGUCAAUAGCUGAUCACGUCAAGCUGUUGAUUAAAGACGACACAGUGUUGAUAGACAACGGAAUUCUCCAGCUUAUAUUCACGAAGCCUGGAGGGAGAUUGAUCGGCCUUCAAUAUAAUGGAAUUGAUAAUUUGUUAGAGCUUCACAAUCCUAGUGAUUUGAAUGGAGGGUUUUGGGAUCUUAAUUGGAGUGAACCCAAUAAUUCCCGCAUCAGUGGUCAAUUUGAUGGACUUAACGCAACUAGCUUUGAAGUUAUAGUUGAAACAAACGAUCAGGUUGAAUUAUCAUUCCUUAGAACAUGGGACAUCUCACAGAAAGGCAGGAUUUCCCCAUUGAAUGUAGAUAAGAGGUUUGUGAUGCUUCGUGGUUGCUCAGGCUUUUAUUCUUAUGCAAUCUAUGAACAUUCAAAGGAUAUGCCUGCUUUCAAUCUUUUCACAACUAGGAUUGCCUUUAUGCUCAGUAUUGACAAGUUUCAUUACAUGGCAAUGGCAGAUAACAGACAAAGAUUUAUGCCGAGUCCUUAUGAUCGGUUGCCCGGGAGAGGUCAACCACUAGCCUACAAAGAAGCAGUCAAGCUCGUAAAUCCACUUGAAGAAGAAUUCAAAGGAGAAGUUGAUGACAAGUACCUUUAUUCAACUGAGAAUAAAGACAAUCACGUUCAUGGAUGGAUUUGUCAGGACCCAGCUGUGGGAUUCUGGCAAAUCACUCCCAGCAAUGAGUUUAGAACUGGCGGGCCAUUCAAGCAGGACCUUACAUCCCAUGUCAAUCCAACAACUCUUGCUAUAUUUGUCACUCCACAUUAUGCUGGAAAAGAUCUUGCUGUAAAACUCAAAGAAGGAGAGGAAUGGAAGAAAGUGUUUGGUCCAGUCUUCAUCUAUCUUAAUUCUGCAAAAACUGGAGCCGAAGCAUUCUCCCUUUGGGACGACGCUAAAAUACAGAUGAACUCUCAAAUCAAGAGUUGGCCAUACACAUUUCCAGCUUCAAAAGAUUUUCUACAAUCUGACAAAAGAGGCAAAGUCAUUGGUAGAUUACUUGUUGAAGACAGUUAUUUGAGCGAUGCAAACAUCGUUGCGAAUGGCGCUUAUGUUGGGUUGGCCACACCAGGAGACGUCGGUUCAUGGCAAAGAGAAUGCAAAGGCUACCAGUUUUGGACUAGAGCAAAUGAAGAUGGUUCUUUUGUCAUUGAGAAUGUACGAGAAGGAAACUAUAAUCUCUACGCAUCAAUCCCCGGUUUCAUCGGUGACUAUAGACACGAUAGUGAUAUAAACAUAACUGGAGGCGAUGCUAUCGAGUUGGGUGAUCUUAUCUAUCAUUCUCCAAGAGACGGUCCCACAUUAUGGGAGAUUGGCAUUCCUGAUCGUUCAGCUGCUGAAUUCUACAUUCCCGACCCCAAUCCUCUAUACGUAAACAAGCUUUACUUAAAUCAUUCAGACAGAUUCAGGCAAUACGGGUUGUGGGAACGAUACGCCGAAUUAUACCCCGAUAAUGAUUUAAUAUACACAGUAGGUGUCAAUGAUUACAAGAAAGAUUGGUUCUUUGCUCAAGUAACCAGAAAAAUUAGCGAAAAAUCAUACAAUGGAACUACAUGGCAAAUCCGGUUCAAACUCGAAAAUGUGCAUCGAACCGACAACUAUACAUUGCGGUUGGCAUUAGCAUCUGCCCACGUGGCGGAGUUAGAGGUUCGGAUUAAUGGCAAAGAGGAAGAGUCGAGUUUGCUUUCAACGGGAGUGAUUGGGGGAGACAAUGCUAUUGCACGACAUGGAAUCCACGGGAUAUAUUGGUUGUUCAAUGUGAGCAUUCCACCUAUAAUGUUGAUGAAGGGACAAAACACAAUUUUCUUGGCACAAGUAGGAGGGGGGAGUCCUUUUAAAGGGUUAAUGUAUGAUUACAUUCGCCUUGAAGGACCUCCAUCUCAGUUUGUCUAAAUUUUAUAGGAUCCUUUUUCAAACACCUUGUAACAAAUCUCAUUAUAAAAAUAUGUGAUUUAUGAUUAAA